CUGGUUAAACGAGCCCAACAGCAUUGGGAUUCCGGCUUGUUUUCCGACUGUCACUACCAUUCCAUGCAGUUGGUUCAAGCGAAGGCAACAGAGCUUCUCUACACGAUCAAGGUCGACGGGGACAAGCUUACUCCACCACAUCAACAGGGAGAAUCUUACGACUUCCUAAUGUGGCGCGUUAACCGACUGCUUACCGGUGAUGGGAAGGGGUGUGGAACAGUGGUUGGGGUGGGGCAGAAAAGCGACACCUACGAUUACAUACUGGUUGCCCCGUAUAGCAAUGACUUUUGUGAUAAGUAUUCAAACUCAUGUAAAUCCGUGACACUUACAACUAACACUACUGCCAUGCCACAUAGGCCGUCGCGUGGUGUCACUAACCAGCUCGCCCUACCCACUGCAUACAUCAGGGCGGGUAAGUGA